AUGGCCGACACGGACCAAGCCUACGCUAUCCAGAUCGACGACCCCAAGGGGGCCGCGGCCGGCAUCACCACCGGCAAGUGGGGAGUCGGCUUCUGCGGCUGCUUCACCGACCUAGUGCCCAACUGCCUCAUGGUGACCUUCUGCCCGUGCGUCUCGCUGGCCCAAGUGCUCUCGCGUCUGGGCAUGAUGAACUUCACCACGGCGCUCCUCAUGUCGCUGCUGCUGGGCGCGCUCGCCGCCUUCACCGGCGGCAUCGGCUACAUCGUGUUCGCCAUUUGGAUCUGGAGCGCGCGCUCCAAGACGCGCGAGCGCUUUCAGAUCCCCGGAGGGUCCUGCGAAGACUACUGCGCCGCGUGCUGCUGCGGCUGCUGCGCGUUGGCGCAGAUCGCCACGCACAUCAAGAGCUACCAGGCCGGGAGCUGCAGCUUCGGGCCACAGGACACGCUGCCGGCGUACACGCGGACGUGA